GCUUGUAUCCUGGCACGAUCUCGGUAUCCUUUCGAUGCCACGAGAUCGCCAGCAAAUAAACAUCGACUUGGUCCAUUAAUUGCCUUCUGAUAUUUGGCUUCUCGGAGAUUUUAUGGAGUCAUUUGGAACGAGCUUCUUACGCCUUCUGAUCUAUUUGGCACAUGUUUCUUGGUAGCGGUGUUCAUAGUUAAUCUCAAUUCGACGCCACGCUACAAUUGGUGACCCGUAUUUUGGAACACGCCUCUGCUUCUGGUCAAAUCUUCCAAAGAAGCCAAUUCGGUGAGUCUAUGAUUUAUCUAUCCACGUCUGUCGUAUAUUUUCAUAUUUAAUAUAUAAUAUACUCGACAUGACGGAUAACGAUAAGAAUAGUAUUAAUAUAAUAGACUCACAUGUAUGUGUACCGAAUCCUUGUUACUUUUUUCGCGUGACGAUGAAUUCCACGCUUUAUUCAAGAAAGGAACCUGGUUCUAAGUAAUUCACGUAAACUGAUUGGAUCCGGAAUAUAUGUCCGUGAGGACCUCAGCCUAGCUGAUCGUAUUAAGAGAAGAGCUGCAGAAGCGGAAAUAAACGAGCGUCGCCGAAACGGUGAAAGAAACCUCGUUCUUAAGGGUUUUCAGAUUGUAAAAGUUCGGAGCAAAACGAUCCCCAAGCCACUCUGGGUGGCAAGGGAAAGCUCUCCACAGACUUAAAAGUGUGCUACACAAAUGCUCGCAGUCUACUAAAUAAAAUGGCGGAGCUGAAGUCAGUGGUGGAUAAAGAAAAACCGGACGUUAUCGCUGUCUCGGAAACUUGGUUAACGUCAGAAGUAUUAGAUAGUGAAAUCCAAUUGACCGGUUUCAUAACCAGUAGGGCUGAUAGAUUAAACCGAAGGGGAGGCGGGGUUAUUGUGUACACGAAAAGAAGUACCCUAACCAUAAGAUUAGCUGAGACAGUAGCACAUGUUUCAGGGACAUGUGAACUGGUGAGAUGUAAGUUGAAAUACCAAAGGCAAGAUAUUGAAGUAGUUGUAGUUUAUCGCAGUCCAGAAUGUGUAGCAGAUGAUUUUCUCCUCAGUAAACUUAAGUCCUGGUGUAACAACGGUAAAAGCCUUGUAGUAGGCGACUUUAAUGCACCAUAUAUAAACUGGGUUAACUUAGAAGUAGAGUCAUCUAUAUCGUCGUUCGACUCCAAACUGUUAGAAACCUCGAUUGAACUAGCAUUAUUCCAACACAUUAGAGAUCCCACAAGAUACGACUUAAGAAACUCUUCCUCUCUUUUAGAUUUAGUCUUCACACACGGUGAUGUUGGUCAAACGGCUUUUCUCCCACCACUUGGGAGAAGUGACCAUGCAGUCAUCUUAUUAAAAUUCAUGGCUGAAAUUGCUUCUCAAACAAUUGCGCCGGCCCGUCCUAACAUAUGGAAGGCAGAUAUGCAGGCAAUUAACUCUGCAGCAUCGGCUGAGAACUGGGAAAUUGACUCAAAGGCAUCAGUACAAGAGGCAUGGACUCUAUUCAGGCAGUUAUACAAUCGGGUAACUCAACCAUAUAUACCCUGGACUGUCCCAAAGAAAAAGAAGCACGGACAUCCCUGGUUAGGGCGGGAUAUUCGACGCCUACUAAGACAAAAGAAGAAAUGCUGGGAUGUUGCCAUCCGCCUUGGCACAGCAGGUACGAUGGAACACUACAGAUCGAUAAGAAACGAGUGUAUAACUAAAAUUCGGGAAGCGCAAAGAAAAUAUGAAAUGCAGCUGGCAGAAUCUGCACUCAAGCAGCCCAAGAGGAUAUUCUCGUACAUAAACUACAGAACAAGGAUUCAUCACUGGAUUCCCAACCUAAUUAAAGUAGGAAGUGAAUCUGAAAUGAUAGAGGAAGAUCAGGAAAAAGCUGAGGUUAUGGCUGACUACUUUGGGGCAGUUUUCACUCAGGAACCUCCUCUAGAGAAAGAACCAGACCCAAUUACAGAUGGUGUACUGACUUGAGUGUCUAGAUUCUACUUUUAUUUAAGUAGAUUUGCAGUUCAUAAGGAUGCCGCAUUAGUGGAUGAGAGUUCAACGAAUAGCUGAAGCUCUUUACAGUCUAGUAACAAGGUUAUUAGCCUUUUGAAUUUUGUAAAAUUGUAAUGACUCACAUUUAUCAGGAGAACUUGACUGGUUUAAUAAAAACAAUUAUUAUUAUAACCAACUGUACCAGUGUUUGUUUUAAUGUGCUUUUGUUUGACUGUG